AUGGCAUUCCUCCAGCCAAUUCUUGCCUCAAACGCACUUAUCGAGUCGAAAGAUGUGCCAAAGAUAGCUGUAUUCGUGGGAGCUACCGAUGGUAUUGGCAAAGCUACGCUGAAAGCUCUUGUUCUCAAGAGGUCUCCAAUCAAGAUCUACGUGGUGGGCCGCAACGAAGCCUCACACCGACCCAUGCUGGAAGAUCUCACCAAAUCCAACCCCUUCGCAACAAUCGUCUUCCUCGAAGGUCAGAUAUCGCUAGUGGCUGAAGCACAGCGCCUUGCUAGCCUGAUUGCCGCCCAGGAAGACAGCGUGGAUCUGCUCUUCAUGUCAUCUGGCUAUCUGCCGUUCACGGGACCUCAAGCGACAUCUGAAGGCCUCGAGACCUCCCUCGUAGUAUCGUACUACAGCCACAUAGCCUUCACCCUGCGGCUCCUUCCCCAGCUGCGCCGAGCCAGCGCAACAAAGCCUGCGCGCGUUGUGAACAUUCUGGCUGCCGGACAGGAGUCGACCGAUCUGCUUCUCAACGACCUGGGCCUCAACGAUCCCGGAAACUUCAGUGUGCCUGCCUACGCCAGACAUGCCGCCACUUUUGUGACCGUGACGCUGAAGCGCAUCGCCGAGGACAAGGACAACAGCGGGAUUGUCUUCAUCCACGCACAUCCGGGCGUAGUCAGCACCGAUCUGUUCAUGAAGAGCUGGGCCGGCAAAUUCGACCCUGCUUCUCCCUCCCCGAUGCCUGCGAGGAACUUCGCGAAGUAUACGCCUGAGGAAGCGGGUGAGCGCAGUCUGUAUCUGGCCACGAGCGCAGAGUACGGUGGCGAGGGUGUUGCGGUGCAGAACGGAAGGCAGAGUGCUGAGACUGUAGAACAUGGGAGCAAAGGCGCGCUUUUCUGUGUCGACGAUAAGCUGGUGUUUCUUCAGCCGGAUACGCUACUCAAUGAACUGCAGGGGUCGGGUGCGCAGGAGGCGAUCUGGAAACAUACUGUGCAGAUUCUAGAAGCUCAUGCAGGCGCAGAGUAAGGUAUGGUCUGUUUAUGCAGACCUUGGUCUUUUGUGGCACAUUAUGGAAGAAUGGGG